CUCCGCAGGAAUAGUUCGCGGUAGCGGACGGAGCAAGCUGCAAGCAGACGCGCGCUAUUCCCAUUCCUUCGGCUUCCAGCCUCCAGCGUCUCUCCGUAUUUCACAGAGCACACGCGCCCGCGCCCAGUAGCCUCGCGACAAGAGGGUGAAACGGCGUCGGCGGCGGUGGCGGUUAUCUUUUAUUUUUUUGCAUACUUAGUUGUGGGUGGCGCCGCACAGUCGUUUCAUUCCGACUUGGCGUCAGCUCGUGUCGGUCGGUCGUCGUUUGCAUCGUCGGUGACUGACGCGUGUUGGGACAUACUUAUAAUGCCGCCGAACGAGGGUAACAGGGCCAUGGAAUUAUCCUCGUCGCGAGUGAUAAUACACGCGUGAACACGCUGAUGCGUGCAUGCGUGCGUGCGUGCGUGCGUGCGUGCAUGCGUGCCUAUGUGCCGCCGUGUGAUGCAUUCGGUGUGCGGUGGUAGAAGGUAGUGGCUGCAGGCGAGGAGGAGGACAGGAGUCGUCCGUCCCCUUCUGGAGCGAGGCCGGCGUCCGGCAGCAUGAGCCCACGGCGCUCGGCUGCAGCUGUCACUUUUAUACUUUCGUUAUUAUUGUUAUUAUCACUGUUGUUGUCGAUCGGCAAUAACGGAUGCUCGGCUCAUUCGGAGCGCACGGCACCCUCGCAGGUUUCCCUGGAUCGCUGCAACGCCACCGCUGACGGUAGAGAGUUUCUCUGCCGUGGGGCGGGUUUCGACACGAUACACGAACCGCUCGGAUCAGCAACCCUUUCGCACUCCGUCAACCUCACCAAGAUCGAUUUAUCAAGCAACAAUAUAACUAACAUUCCGGCCUUUGCAUUUCAUCAGUUUUGUACACUUCAAGUUUUGUCUUUUCGGCGUAAUCAUUUGGUUUCAAUCAGCAUCGACGCGUUUGUUAAUUCAACGAAUUUAAAAGUGCUAGAACUUGACGACAAUCUGCUAACAGAAAUACCGAGAGCUAUCGUACAGCUACAGAACCUCGAGGACUUGUCUAUAACGAAUAAUCGAAUACAAAGGAUAGAAGGCGGAUUGCUACAGCACUUGGGAAAUCUGGAGUCCUUGGAUCUGAGAGGAAAUCCCAUAAAAGAAAUACAUCCUGAUAGCUUUCAGGAACUCAAGAAACUUCGUAAACUGAUUCUGUCCAACGUUAGGGACUUGAAAGAGUUCCCAAAUCUGAACGGAACUGGAGCACUGGAAUUGCUAAGACUAGAUCGCGCUCGACUGAAGGAGGUACCGGCUGGACUUUGUCGAACAUGUCCAAAACUUAAGAGUUUAGACCUGAAAUCCAAUUACUUGACACGCAUUCCAAAUUUGACAGAGUGCAGUGAUCUUCGUGUUUUGGACCUGACUAGUAACAUGAUUUCUUCGUUAUCUGGACAACCUUUUAAAAAUCUCUCUGCGCUACAUGAUUUACUUCUGUCAAAUAACAAUCUACGAUCACUACCAGGAGAUGGUUUCGAUGGUCUAUUCAAAUUGCAAGUUCUAGAUCUUGAAAGUAAUUACAUUGAAUACAUACAUCCGGAUACAUUCAGAGAGAAUAAACACCUUGAAGAUCUAAAUCUUGGAAACAACAUAUUUCCAACUUUGCCAACGGCUGGACUUUCUCAGUUACUGCAUUUGAAAACGUUCAAUAAUCCUGCGCUCAAGGAAUUUCCAGCACCCGAAAUGUUUCCCCGCGUUCAGACUAUGGUAUUGUCUUAUGCUUACCAUUGCUGUGCUUUUCUUACCAUGGAAUUGGACGAACCAAUUACCAAAUCACCGGUAGAAGAGUCGGUACUUUUUCCUACCAAUAAUAAAUUCGACAUGAGUCUUUGGAAUUCUAGUCUCACUGAUAUUUGGCCACAGUUACAUUUUACAUACCCUGGUAACCUGCCUGCCUAUGUGGAGGAUUAUUUUGAGGACCAGGAAGGACGAAGUACGAUUCCAAGUCAUUUGGCACCGUUGCACGUACAGUGCCUGCCCCAGCCUGGACCCUUUUUGCCAUGUCAAGACUUGUUCGACUGGUGGACCUUGCGCUGUGGAGUUUGGAUCGUCUUUCUCCUGGCCAUGCUUGGAAACGGCACCGUUGUAUUUGUUCUGAUCUUUUCAAGGAGUAAGAUGGACGUACCAAGGUUUUUGGUAUGCAAUUUGGCUGCCGCCGAUUUCUUCAUGGGUGUCUACUUGGGCUUGUUAGCGGUGGUCGAUGCCUCGACACUCGGCGAAUUUAGGAUGUACGCCAUUCGAUGGCAGAUGUCUACUGGAUGUCAACUUGCCGGUUUUCUCGGUGUUCUCAGCUCUGAAUUAAGUGUUUACACCCUUGCGGUGAUAACUUUGGAAAGAAAUUAUGCCAUUACUCACGCAAUGCAUCUUAAUAAACGGCUAUCUCUGAAACACGCCGGAUACAUUAUGACCGUUGGAUGGGGAUUUGCUCUCUCAAUGGCAACAUUACCCCUGCUUGGCGUAUCUGACUACCGAAAAUUUGCAAUAUGUUUACCAUUUGAAACAACAGGGACAGUUUCUCUUACAUAUGUAGUUUUUUUAAUGCUCAUUAACGGAGUAGCAUUUUUAAUUCUGAUGGGAUGCUACCUGAAAAUGUAUUGCGCUAUUCGUGGCUCCCAGGCAUGGAAUUCAAAUGAUUCGAGAAUCGCCAAACGAAUGGCUCUUCUGGUAUUUACAGACUUCUUAUGCUGGUCUCCGAUAGCAUUUUUUUCACUCACUGCAACAUUUGGCCUACAGUUGGUUUCGUUGGAGCAGGCGAAAGUAUUUGCCGUGUUCGUUCUACCCUUAAAUUCAUGUUGCAACCCUUUCUUAUAUGCUAUAUUAACUAAACAGUUUAAAAAGGAUUGUGUGCUGAUUUGCAAAGCAAUUGAAGAAUCUCGCGUAACGAGAGGUAUAGGUAGAUGUCGUCACAGCUCAAAUUUUAGCAACCGACAAACUCCGGCCAAUACUAAUAGUCUAGUUGAUAGAUCGUCGAGGGAAAAUCAAGCACCAUGUGUGUGUAACACUCGACUCCUCGAAGCAAGUCAAUGUAGAGGUAAUUGGUGGGGAACGAGAUGGUUGUGGCCGUGUACGCGUAGUCAGCAUGAAAGACACGCGCGCAGCGAUCAGUACGCUUAUCAAAUUGCCGAAAUCCAACAAAAACAGCACAAGCGUGCUUCGUCUGUGUCUUCUAGUGAAAAUUUUUCGUCUUCGAGAUCAGAUUCUUGGAGACAGACCCACCACUGCGGUAUACCAUUACGAUUACUAGACCCCAAGAGACGGGCCUCUUCAUGGUUGAUAACAAGGAAACCGUCUCAAGACUCUAAUCUUAGCUCAUCGCGCAACGAUUCCUCUGGCUCGGCGACAACUGCUAGCACUAGUACGUGGAGAAUGUCUCGCUCAAGCGCUUCUCUAGAGGUGACUGCCCGUCCAGCGCCGAGACCUGUAAGGCCAAAGCCGCGAUUAACGAGACAACUUGCUGUUCAAGAACCAGAUCCUCCUGCGUCGCCGGGUAGAUUGGCUGUUAGACUUUUGGCCACGAUACCUUCAGCGGCUGAAAUGAGUGAACAGCAGGAUGAUGAUGGUGUGUUAGGAAAUUGAUAAUGCCAGUAAAGAAAGGAAGAAAUGAAAUGUAGGGAAAAAUAUAUUUAUACACUUACUUAAGUUAAUGACUUUACACGUGGUGUAGAAAAUUUACUAUUGCAACGGGGUAAUGCAAUUAACUGGCCAUGUUAAGAGUUGGAAAAAGAAUAUAUAUAUACAUAUAUAUAUAUAUUGUAGCUAUAGUAAUAUACAUAUAAGUAAAGAAAAGGCCAUGACAUUAAAUCCACCUCCAUUGCUCUCUGAAAACCAGAAUGAUAAAUUAUUGAUAUAUAUCUCCUUUCCAUAGUGUAUUAUGUCAUAGUUUUCAGUGUUUCUUUCGCUCUCUCUCUCUCUCUUUCUCGCUCUCAGCUCUCUUAAUAGUUGCGUCAACUGGUAAGGAUACAAACUGUUGACAUUAAUAUUCGUAGAUUUUUCGGAAUUUAUAAGACUGACGAAAUACAUUUUAUAUAAUCCUAUGCAGCAAUGCCCACUCAACUGUUACAUUUUAAAUCCACACUACUUGACGUACAAGAUCAAGAAAUGCAUAACUCCCGUUUAUUAUUAUUACAGUUGUAAGUUACUCGGAGGUGGAUUUGCUGAUAUUUUGUAAAAUCGACACAAAAAUAUAUUGUUAUUAAAAAAUUUGCACGGAACUGAAUUACACACUGAUUCAUGAAAGGUGAAAUCAGCUAAUGACAAGUAUUGAAUCAAGUCUUGUAGGAAAGUUGGAAAUAUUAUAAUUUCAUCCACAACAUAAUUCCCCUGAAUGAUACGUUUCAAUUUACCAUUUUUAUGUAAGUAUUUAUUAUGUACAAGUAUUAACAUUAUCAUUAAUAUACACAUAUUAUUUAUAAAAGAUUAAUAUAUUCCGUGAAAAUAUACAUCACAUAACAACAUAUUCAUGUGUAGCCCAUUCAAUUGAUGUAGAUACUAGGUUUUUUAGUCUAGGAUCUUUUAGUCACUCAUUAUCAGAACUAAUCAGUUGCCUCGUGAAAAUUAUCACAAAUAUGUAACUGACGCAGUUAUAGUUUAAUUCAAAACCAGUCCACUCUGAGAGACACAGAUUGCGCACCAAUCUUACAAAAAUAAUCCUGCGUGUAAUUAUUCUACACAAAUUUAUCCUAUACGAAACGAUCCCAUGUAAAAUUAUAUUUCCACGCAACGUUAUCCUCCACGAAAUUGAUCCUCACGUGGAGUUUCGACACAUAACUACUGGUCUGAUUUCAUGAUGAUAUACCUAAUAAGUACGUGUAAAAUAAUUAGGUGUAGGAUAAUUUUCUGUACAAUUGUCAUGCCCCGCCAUGACACGGAUAGCUAAUAAUUGAUCUAUUAUUUGCUCAACGGUAUAUGUAUAAUGACAGGAUAGCUGAAAGAAACGAAAGCAAGAAAACCAAUCCAUUUAUCUUGCUCAUAUUGUUGACUUUCGGAUUUCAUUCGAGAAAAUUUCAUGCUACCAUAAUCAGUUAGAUUUUGUAUGCACAACACAAUGUAGCUGUUUACUGUUUGCGAAUAGAUUUAAAGAGUUAUCAUUAGUUGAGUCAAUUAUUAAUUGAAAUAGAAUUGCAUUUUCCAGCCACUGAUAGUUCAACCAUGGUCAAAGAAAUGAUCUAUAUUCAGAAUGUUUGUAAUUUGCUGCGGUUGCCGCAUUGGAUUCCACUGAAUACGAUGCCUUCGUAUUAUAUUACAUUGAAUACGUGGUCUGUGUUGCCUGUCAUGUUAUAUCAAUGAUGGUGGUGACAUAUUUCACCAUUAUUGGUCAGUUAAUUCUAAUAAAACUCGGAACAUUUUGUAGCUCAAGAUGGGUAAAAUAACGACUCCACAGUAGAGCCAAUAUAUAAUUACUGACUUGAAAAAGGAUGUAAUAAGUUGUGUGAAAUGUUGAUCACUCAAAUAUUGAAACUUUGAAACAAAUUUUGUGUGAUAGCUAAUAUAUUAAGCAAACUGAUAAUUAUUCAUGCUAACAAUUAAAUUAUAGUUUAUAUUCCUCGCUGUAAGAUAUAUACGUACCCUAACGAUAAGACGUUUGUCCUGCGUACAUUUUAGGUAAACUGAUCGUUCCUAUAAUGCUACUGGUUGUAUACUCUUUGAUGUCCACAGUAUUGAAUCAUUAUUGGGAAGAAAAAUAUAUCCUCCAAAUCGUUAUAGUAAUAUUUAAUUUUAAAAAAACUAGUAAAAGCUGCAAUAUUCACUUUAUACACGUAUAGGUAUACAUAUUCAUACAAUUAUACAUAUUUUAUUGAAGAGUCCCUCCUUCCUAUUGGAGUUAUUUAUAGCAAUAUUUCUACUGGCUACGUUAUUGACCCGCGAUUUGUAAAUAUAAAAAGACACGUUUUAACAUUCUUCCGAAGUAACAAGUUGCAAGUGUAAUAAAAUAGCAGUAUCGCAGCAUACAUUUUAUAUCGUAGGGAAAAUUUUUAAACUUCAGAACAAUAUAAAACGCGACAGUUCUUUAAGCAUUUUCUUGUGAUUUUAUUGAAAUGAGUAUUCUAUCGUAAUAAUCAGAACAAGCUGCAACCUACAAAUUCCGAAAUUACUUAAGAACAAGAUUUAUCUGUUGAUACCUUUACCAAGACUUUGUACUCAAUAGAUGAGAUUUUAUCCAUUUUCGGUCGGUAUAGCGCUUCGAAAACAUCUAUACCUGCAUACCUGCCGGUGAUUGAUUAAUAUCGUAACGCCAUUGGUAGUAGUGUCAGGGUGUCUAAGGUGUGUGAACACAACUUCGGUACGGUGUUAGUAUAAUUUGUUGUGUGGCAAUAAGUUGACUUUGAACAACAAGAAAAACAAUAUUCAUUUGGUGAUCACAUACCUAUGAUUAUAAGCUUGAAAGAUAUUCAAUCCAACGUAACGUUUCAUGGCAAUAUCAUAAAAGUGAACAACACUCUCUAAAUUGAAGUGAUUGAAUAACUAAAAAUUACGCAUUUUGUGUCGCAACUAUUUUUAAAAACGCCUAAUACGUGCAGUUCAUGUAGGUGGUUGACGGGUAUUUUUCUACAUGCUCUAAUGUUUUGAAACAACAAAUAUUAAUUAUAGAUAUACAUAUAUUAGAGGUAAGGAAAUUGAAUGUGAGGUAUUUGAAAGAAGUCUGGCUAUGCAUUGUACGUCAAAAAGGAAAUUAUUCAGCAUGUUUGUACCAGUAUUUCUAUACACAGGUAUGCCAAUGCUGGGGUACAUUCAUAAUUUAUUACAAAUUUUUAUUACACAUGUAAGCUCACGGUAGAUCAUUGAUAAUUAUUAUACAUAAAAGCAUGGGGUGUAAGGACGAUAAUAUUGUUGGACAAUAAGAACUGAAUCAUUGAACUCAUGUAAACCUAGUCAAUAUUUUGCAGUAUAUACGAAAUAUUAUAUCCUGUUCAAUAGGCCUAUGAUUAACAGAUUGUAAAUGCUUACAAAAGAGAAACACAGCUUGAUUUGGUUGUUUACAGAUGAAUAACGGUCAAUCUUAAAAAUGGGCAAAUCGACAGAAAUCGCUGUUGGGUUCGUUUGUUUUUUUUCUCCAUUUAUCUCGCCCUAAUUCUAUAUAAAGAUAAGUUUGAAACUUGAUAGAAAACGCAGUACGAAUAGCCUGCAUAUAGUUACUUAUUGUGCCAAAGACUAAAUACUUGAAGACCUUGCAAUGCUGAGUUUACUAUUAGGAGUCAUAAUGUUGUCUGUGUUUAUAAAUAUUUAAAUUCUGUGAGUGAAAUUAUAAGAGUCAAUUUAUCUAACGUAUUCGUUAGAGGUUUACAAAGCAGGUAAAUAAAAUUAUUGAGUCAUUAGCCUGGCUCACUUAGCCUGUUUGUAUUGAAAAAUCAGCAUUCUUUUUUUUUUAGUAUCACGUGAACUGUUGUUAAUUGAUCUACUCCAAUGUAAUUAAAGUAUGUCGCCGAUAACUUGACCCGUAUUUAUUUCACUUUCAAUUAGAAGAGGAUUAGUAAAAAAAAAAAAAAUCCCGAAGAAACAAACGUAUUUAUACUUGAAUACUAAUUUUUAUUUCGGAAAGUUUGAUAUAUUUCUUUGAUUACAAGGAAGACGCACAUGUUCUAUACAGGCAUUGAAAUCCUUACAUAAUAUUCAUUUAAAGAUAUUUCAAUUGCGUUACAACUAAUGUACAGUGAAUAUGUUUAAAGGGGCCCAAAACUAUUAAUUUCAACUACUGGGCCAUACACAUUCAGAUAGAACAUGUUCAAUUAUUUUUUCAAUUGAUAUAAUUAUUCAUGUACACAAUAUAUUUGUUUAGCUGUUCAGUAGAAGGAGUUUGCAAAUGGAUUGCCCUUAUAUCUCUGAGGAUUUUGAAUGGGAUGCACGGCCUCCUUAAAAAUAUUCUGUACACAACUUGCCCAAUAAUAAGUCAUGUAAGUAAGUACAUGAUCUAUUUUAUGUACAUUUAUGUGCCUACAUCUAUUUACAUUCUCGCGUAUGAUUGAUAGUUUUAAUCAUAGUUACGUUGAGAUUCUUCUCAUUUCAAUAUAUACGUGCGAUAAGACACGAAGUGAAUUACUACCCUCGUUUAAUCUGUAUUUGACGUAUGUACCCCGUCACGUAAUGCAGGAUUUUAGUUAAUAUUGGGAUUAAUUUGCUUUGAUGGGGGGAAACAAAAAAAAAAAAACAAGGAAGUGGGUGCCACCGCAAUAGACUUAACAGUGCUAGAGUAGCCGUAACUAAAUGUUUGAAAAAUGCUAAAGUAGUUCAAGAUUACUGUUCAUUUUCUGCCACUUUUACACCAUUAAACAAUAAUGUAUUAAAAGCGUAGGUAUAAGUUUUUUCUAUCAAGUCACUUGAGUAAAAUUAUUUUUAACUGGUAUAGAAUCGUGCGUAAACAUUGGGUAAUUAACUGAACUCUCGCAAAGCAUUCAGCAUAAUUAAGAAUUUAAAGUCAACAAUCCAGAGUUUAUCACCCAGUUUUUUUUUUUUGCUAUCAAGCAAAACAAUGCAACUGUCAUUCAAAGACUCUUUUGGCAUGAAAGGAAAAAAUUUCAAUAUAUUCCAAGAAGUACAGACUUUAUUGCCAAUCUUGAAAAUAAUAUACUACUAACUUUGAGGUUGUUAUGUGGUAAUCAAGUUCAAGCUAUCAUUACACCGACAAUACAACCACUGUUGAAAUUUUUAAAGUUAUUCAGAUCCCGUGCAUCUGUUCAUUCUUGCUAAUUAGAGGAAUUUCCUCAUGUUAUUGCUUUUCAUUUAUAUUUUUCACAUAGUUAGGUCACUUGGAAAUUCGCAUUACAUAUAUCUGAUAUCGUCUUCUCUGUUUUUUUUUUUAUUUUAUUUUUUUUUUUAUUUCAGAUUUAUCAAAUUUUAUAAUACACUAUAACAGAGAGUCGAAUUAUCUUCGCCAUAUCAUGCGAUUUACAAAAGUCAAAGUUUGGAACAUUAUUUAACGAAUACUUUUCAAACAUGAUUCCCACAAAAUGCUGAAUUAGAGAAAUCGUUAGACUUCAUUCUUUCCAGAAAUUUGCGUUCAUAGAUCGUUAUAUCACUACACUUGAUGUGUUGUGAUGCAAUAUUCUAACAUAUGUGUGAAGACAAUUUGUGCUUGGACCGUAUUCCAACAAUCACAAAACUACCGUAAAUAA